UCUGGGGUACAUUUCAUCUUAUUAGCAUUGCUGUUGUCAACUAACUCAAAAUACUUAUAAGUUGAUAUAUAAAACUGAACUUGAAAAUUUCAUUGGAACUUAUUUCUAUCAUUGUAUUGAAUAUAUAUGUUAUAAAUAUUUGAAUAAUUAAAAUGGUAUUCAAACUGAUUGCUUCUGAUAUACGAAACAUUCGAUUGGUUGAAAAUUUAGUAAUAGAUAACUUAAAACUGAGAAGACAAAUAUUUCAAGGUCGAAUGACAAAAACCACGUUAUCUCAUUCAAGAUAUAUUACUAUGCCAACAAUUAUUCCACAAUCGAUGAUUAAAAUGGCGGAAAUUUUACAUAAAAAUUUAUGGGAAAGUGAUCCAGAAUUAUAUGAUUUGAUACAAAAAGAAAAAGAUAGGCAAAGAUCAGGGUUAGAAUUAAUAGCUAGUGAAAAUUUUACAUCCUUGAGUGUUCUUCAAUGUUUAAGUACCUGUCUCCAUAAUAAAUACAGUGAAGGCUUACCUGGACAACGAUAUUAUGGAGGUAACGAGUUUAUUGAUCAAAUUGAGUGGCUAGCACAAAAACGUUCCUUGGAAGCAUUCAAUUUAAAUAGUGAUGAAUGGGGAUGCAAUGUUCAACCUUAUUCAGGUAGUCCAGCAAAUUUCGCUGUCUACACUGGUCUGAUAGAGCCACAUCAACGAAUUAUGGGCUUAGAUCUUCCAGAUGGUGGUCAUUUAACUCAUGGUUUUUUUACUACAAACAAAAAAAUAUCUGCUACAUCAAUUUUUUUUGAAUCAAUGCCGUACAAAGUGAAUUCCAAGACAGGAUUGAUUGAUUAUGAUGAAUUAGCAAAACACGCAAAACUCUUUAAGCCGAGGGUGAUAAUUGCUGGAGUAUCUUGUUAUAGUAGAUGUUUAGAUUAUAAAAGAUUUCGUGAAAUUGCAGAUGAAAACAAUGCUUAUUUAUUUAGUGAUAUGGCACAUAUAUCUGGUUUAGUAGCAGCUGGUUGUAUUCCAAGUCCUUUUGAAUAUAGUGAUGUUGUAUCAACAACAACACAUAAAACAUUACGUGGUCCACGAGCUGGUGUUAUAUUUUUCCGUAAAGGUGUAAGAAGAAGUGAUAAAAAUGGGCAAAAAAUAAUGUAUGAUAUUGAAAGUAAAAUAAACCAAGCAGUGUUUCCAGGACUACAAGGUGGACCUCACAAUCAUGCGAUUGCAGGAAUUGCUACAGCAAUGAAACAGGUUAAAGAUCCAGAAUUUCUUAAAUAUCAACAACAAGUGUUACUAAAUGCUAAAAAAUUAUGCCAUAGUUUACAAAUGCGUGGAUAUAAAAUUAGUACUGAUGGAACUGAUGUUCAUAUGCUUCUUGUUGAUCUUAAAAAUCAAGGAAUCACAGGAUCUAAAGCUGAAAAAAUGUUGGAAGAAAUUUCUAUAGCAUGUAAUAAAAACACGGUUCCUGAAGAUAAAAGUGCACUAAACCCAAGUGGAAUUAGGCUUGGAACUCCGGCCUUAACAACACGUGGGUUUAAAGAAGAAAACUUUGAAGAUGUAGCGGAAUUUAUUCAUCGAGGAUUACAGCUAUCAAAAGAAGUAUCUGCCAAGUCUGGUCCUAAGCUAAUUGAUUAUAAAUUAAUUAUUGAAAAUGAUCCAGAAAUUAAAGCGAAAAUUAAAGUUCUACGGGAUGAAAUUGAAGAAUACUCACGGAAAUUUCCUAUUCCUGGUUUUGAUGAAUAUUAAAAAUUAACGAUAUUUCAUGAAUUAUUCUUUAGUUAUUUUAUAUUUUUUGUUAAAUACAAAACAUAAAUAAAAUAUUUUUUAUAGAUAAUUUUAUAAAACUUUCCUCAUUCGCUAAUGUAUGUCUUAAAAUAAACUACUAAGAGAAUAAAUCAAUCCAAUUUUUA